AUGUCCCACGUACGUGAGUCCUCGUCGGGCUCUUCAACCCCGUUCCCUAUUCUCGAGGAGGAUCCAGCCCAGCAACCUCGGGAGCUGCCCAUCGGAAAAGGACGUAACCGACAAAGAUUGCUCCGAGGCCUUCAACGAGUUUCGUCUGUCACAUCUCUCAAUAGUCUGUCGCGCGGUCGGUCCCAUAGCGCUCCGUAUCGACCGAGUGCGAGGGGCACGCUAUCGUGCGUGAGUCUUGCGGCCACUGGACCGUCAACCCCGAGCAAUGGCUACUCCUCGCCCCUAUCGAAUGUUGUUCAGCCAUCGUCUACGAGGCCGGCAACACCGGCCAACGAGUUCCCGUUUCCCCGAGAUUUCGACAUUGAAGAAGCUGCGCGGCCCGCUGGCCAUGGACAGGCAGUGUCAACGCCGGGCACCGCGCCACUGCCGCUUGACGCUCGUCUGGCUCGUCCCAGGCUUUCGAGCAAGGCCAAGACCUCCCCUCUCGCUGUGUACAAGCCUCCUUUUAAAUUCUGGGAUGCGGUUCCUCACGAAAUUCGAAUCUACAUUUUCUCCUUUUUGCAACCAAAGCAGCUUGUCCAGGCAUCUCGUGUUAGCAGAUCUUUCCACAGCUUUUGCUUCGACGGCCAGCUCUGGAUGUCUCUGGAUGCUUCCAAGUUCUACCAGGAGAUUCCUGCAGACUCGCUUGCGCGGAUUAUUUCGUCUGCGGGGCCUUUCAUCAAGGACCUCAAUCUAAGGGGUUGUGUCCAAGUUGAGCAUUACAAGCGAGCCGAGGUCAUUGUCAAGGCUUGCAAGAAUCUAAUGAACGCUACAUUGGAGGGUUGUCGGAACUUUCAGAAGACAACUCUGCACAGCCUGCUCGAAAGCAACGAGAGACUCGUGGCGUUGAAUUUGACAGGCUUGACGGCGGUUUCGAAUCGAUCGUGCAGAAUCAUUGCUGAGUCUUGUCCGCAGCUCGAAUCACUCAACGUCUCUUGGUGUGGAAAAGUGGAUUCGCGAGGAAUCAAGGCCGUCGUUGAGGGCUGUUCUAGGUUGCGAGAUCUACGGGCCGGCGAAGUCCGCGGGUUCGACAACCUUGAUCUAGCCGAGGCGAUCUUCAAGACUAACAAGUUGGAGAGACUCAUUCUCAGCGGUUGCGCCGAGUUGGAUGACGGGGCCUUGCGCACGAUGAUGCACGGUGUAGAUCCAGAGAUCGACGUGCUGACGGACAGGCCGGUUGUGCCGGCAAGGAAACUCCGCCAUCUGGACGUCAGCCGUUGCGCUCGUCUGACAAACGCCGGCAUCAGCUCCAUGGGGCAUCUCACGCCUGAUCUUGAAGGCUUGCAACUUUCUCGCUGCAGAUUGGUUGGUGAUGCGGGAUUGGAGCCCGUUCUUGCGUCGACACCUCGCCUGACGCAUCUCGAAUUGGAGGAUUUGGAGCAUAUUACCAAUGCUCUCCUCUCUGAGCACUUGGCCAAGGCUCCUUGCGCACGUACCAUUGAGCAUCUUUCGCUGAGCUACUGCGAGCAUCUCAGUGACACAGGACUGAUCCCUCUUCUCCAGAACUGCGUGAGCCUACGAAGCGUGGAUCUUGACAACACCCGCAUCAGUGAUUUGACUCUCACUGAGGCAGCACUACUGGUCACUACAAGGUCUCAAAGAACUACCGUGGCCGGGGCGAAGCCUCAGGUUACUCUGAAACUGGUUGCGUAUGACUGCCAAAAUGUGACUUGGACAGGCAUCCGAGAAGUUCUCUUCCGCAAUGCGGAAAUCCGGGCGGUUCGUGGUUCGCCCGCGCAGAUCUCAUGGCCGACUGAGACGGUAGCGCUCAAGUGCUUCUAUGGAUUCCAGCAAACGAUCGAUGAGCACCAGAAGCGCGUGCUCCAAGGCGACUUUGCUGCGGCAAACAAAUUGGAGAGGAAAUGGGCCGACUACAUGCAAGCUGUGGAGGAAGCAGGUGUUGGAGGCUCUGGGCGCCGUCGUCGACGCCGUCGUGCUAGGGAGGCGCAGGCUCUUCAUCUCAAUGAGGAAGACGGGUUGGCGCCCAAUGCUCGUCGCCGCGCUCGGACAAUGGGAUCUUGUUUUAUGAUGUGA